AUGGAGAAUAGAAUGCAUCAAAGCUCUGGAAAUGCUGCCUUGGAACCUGAAACCUGUGUUAAGCUAUUCCUGAGGAAGGUCUUGGAAGUGAAACCUGUCAACUUUUGGCGGGAAGCAAAGUGUAUUUCCAGAAUGGCUGGGCCAGUGUUUUUGUCACAGCUGAUGGUAAUUCUCAUAAAUAUUGUCAGCUCUGCAUUCUGUGGACAUUUAGGUAAAAUUGAGUUGGAUGCAGUCAGUCUUGCCGUAGCGGUAAUAUCUAUAUCAGGCACCUCCAUAGGUAUUGGAUUGUCUACAGUUUGUGACACUCUCAUAUCUCAGACGUACGGCAGAAAGAACCUAAAGCGAAUCGGAGUGAUUCUCCAACGAGGGAUCCUCAUUCUCCUGAUCGCCUGCUUUCCCUGCUGGGCUCUUUUCAUAAACACUGAACACAUCCUGUUGGCUUUGAAACAGCCUCCUGCAGUGGCCAAGUUAUCACAGCUCUACAUUUGGAUAUUCAUUCCUGGGCUCCCUGCAUUUUUUCUUUGUGACUUAGAGACCAGAUACCUUCAGAAUCAGGGGAUCAUCAUGCCUCAGGUUUUUGUUCGUUUCAUCACCAACAUUUUCAAUGCUGUCAUCAAUUACCUCUUCCUCUACGUGCUGACACUGGGAUUGCCGGGCUCAGCUGCUGCCAAUGUUGCUUCCCAGUACUUUCAGCUUCUCCUCCUGUUUGGAUACAUUCGAUGGAAAAAGUUGCAUGUUCAGACCUGGGCAGGGUGCAUCUCCAUAGUCAUUGCAGUGAUACUUGGAGCAACAAAGGAUGUGCUGGCUUACAUCUUCAUCAGUGACAAGGAAAUUAUUCAUUUGUUUGCAGGAAUGUUCCCGAUAUCUGCUUCAUGUCCUGUAGCUGAAUGCUUUGGGGCUGUGAGUGGUGGAGUAUUAAGAGGAGCUGGGAAGCAAAACUUAGAAGUGAUUGGUAACCUCAUUGGAUACUACGUAAUUGGGUUUCCCAUUGGAAUCAGUCUGAUGUUUCCUGCCAAACUUGGUGCAUUUGUGAUUUGCAGAAUGAAUUGGAAGGAAGCAACUGAUGAGGCUCUGGUUAAUGCAGUUGUGGUUAAAGAUGUGGACAUCUCAAACAGAACCAAGUACAGAUCAACAGAUGUGGACACAGGAAACAGGGCAAUGAAUCCAAUUCCUGAUGUUUGUCAAUCGGAAGUACAGACAAAGGAGGACCGGGUGAUGGAUACGUCUUCCAUUGUGGACACUGGAGUUACCACAGUCAGAGAAAUCCUGUCCACAAAACAACUGAUCAUUCGCCGUGGCCUAGCCUUCCUCUCAGGCCACCUGAACCUGGCCAUUGGGCUGAUGAUACAUUUCAUUCUUGCAAAGGAUACGUAG